AUGAAUAGGCACCACGCCUUCACCAACGGCUAUGCCGCCAACAAGAAACAUGAUGACGAGGUCUAUCGUCCCUAUUCCGACCGAGCCGAUCUGGAGAACAAGUACAUCUGGGGCAUGAACGAUCUUGUCGAGGAUGAAAAGACGGAGGCUGCUUUCGGCCGCCGAUUUGAACCACGAAGAAAAGCACUCAACUCUCGCUCUCGGCUAAUACGACUGGGCUUGAUUGCCCUAGGGACCAUCGCCUGCAUCAUCUACAUCAUCUUCCCCUCAAUCCUACGAGGUUCUUUCUCAUCGAAUCCUGCCUCCUCUCUGGAACAGUCCGACAUUGAGACCUUACGAUAUUACGAUCUGGAAGAUGCUCAAGGAUCGUCGGUAGGAUGGCACAGAGAGGAGCGGGUCUUGCUCUGCACUCCUUUGCGAGACGCUGCACCUCAUCUACCCAUGUUCUUUGCCCACCUGCGAAACUUUACCUACCCACACCGCCUCAUAGACCUGGCCUUUCUUGUCUCCGAUUCAAAGGACAACACUGAAGAGCUACUCUCCCAAAUGCUGGAAGCACAGCAAGCAGAUCCCGACCCACUACAACACUACGGGGAGAUUUCGGUCAUACACAAAGAUUUUGGACAGGCUGUCAGUCAAGAUUUUGAGAGUCGACAUGGGUUUGCCGCCCAAGCGGGCCGGAGAAAACUCAUGGCACAAGCGCGAAACUGGCUCCUCAGUGCCGCAUUGAGACCCUAUCACAGUUGGGUCUACUGGCGCGACGCCGAUGUGGAAACGUGUCCAUUCACCAUCAUAGAGGAUUUAAUGCGACAUGAUAAGGAUAUUACCGUGCCGAACAUUUGGCGUCCCCUUCCCGACUGGCUGGGUGGUGAACAACCCUAUGAUUUGAACUCAUGGCAAGAGUCGGAGACCGCCAUUGCGCUGGCUGAUACCCUGGACGAAGAUGCCGUCAUUGUUGAAGGGUAUGCUGAGUAUGCCACCUGGCGUCCGCAUCUGGCCUAUCUUCGAGAUCCAUACGGCGAUCCGGACGUCGAGAUGGAACUUGACGGGGUCGGUGGUGUGUCCAUCCUCGCCAAAGCCCGGGUCUUCCGUGCUGGUGUCCACUUCCCUGCCUUUUCGUUCGAGCGACACGCCGAGACCGAAGGGUUUGGCAAAAUGGCGAGACGCAUGGGGUUCUCGGUUAUAGGGCUACCGCAUUACACUGUCUGGCAUCUGUACGAACCGUCUGUCGAUGAUAUCAGACAUAUGGAGGAGAUGGAGGCAGAAAAACGGGAAAGAGAGAAGCAAGAAAAAGAAAAUGCUCUGGUGGCCAAGAAGAUCCAGGAUGAAUUCCAACCAGUGGACUCGCAGUGGGAAGCGGACAAACAGGCCAUUGCUGGUGGGGGGGUCGACAAGUCAAAUCCCAAGGCUGAGGUCAAAGAGGACAUGAGAAAGAAGGAAAGUGUGAGGAAGGUCAACACCCACAAAGAGGAUACUGAUGGCAAGGCAGCUGGCAAGGAGGUUGAAGACAGAAAGGGUGCAGACGUGAAGGACCAGAAGCCUGCUGCUGCGCCCGGACGCGGCGAAGGCCGACGCCUUGCUUCUGGUGACACCAAACGAACACAUGCCCAAGAGCAGGAGGAUGAUGAUGAAUAA